AUGCCGAAUUUAUAUUCUUCACCACAAUUACGACAACCUAAAUCACCGGCUAGUAGUCGCUCUAAAUCUUCGAUAUACUCAUCAUCACAUUUGAUUGAAACUCCUCCAUUGCCUCCAUGGGACACACCUACAUCCCCGUAUACAUCAAUGACUCGAUCAUCUCGACAUGUACUUUCACCUCAUCGUGCAGCACCUGCACCACCACCUGUACCUCCUUUACCGGCAUCUCCAUCUCCCGCGACAAUGUACGGUCUCCCAUCUGCAUCCGCAUCCGCAUCUCCAUCACCUAAUCUCCAUUCAUCCCCUAUCGUUCGAUCAGCUUCGUCUUCUUCAUACUCUUCUACUGCAUCUUCUACUGCAUCUUCAUCUUCAUUUUCAUCUUCAUCUUCGACGACUUCUCAGAGAGUCUCAACUCCACCUCCUCCCGUAAGGAGUCGUCGGGCAUCUAGAUCGAAUCCAAAAUUACUUCCUGCUCUCCCUUUAUCCAUCGCCACUGGCUCAGAGCAUAAUUCACCCUACGCUUCACCAGCUAGCGUAAGAUCUAAGCGGAUCGCAGUGGAUUACUCUUCCGAAGGAAUUGGUCUCGGUCUAAAUCUCACGGAUGAGGUACAGAUCAUCGUCAGCAGAGAAGGAAGAAGAUCGAGAGCUGUCUCUGUUUCAUACGGGUCUUCAAGUGAUAGUACAAGCUCGAAUACAAGUACGGAAGAUUUAGCUUAUUUACCCACACCUCCUAUGACUUCAUCUUCACCAAUGACGGAUAGAACACCAAGUAGAUCCUCAAUUCGAAAUCAGAAUACAAAUAUCUCCACAUCUACAGGGACAGAUAACACGCCACCUAGACCAGCGAGAAGAUCAGCUUCUCUUUAUCCUUCACCAUCUUCAGCUAUAGCGCCUUCAUCUAGAAAAUCACCAUUACUCGCUCCAAGACCUUUAUCACUUACACCUCAAUCGCAUUCGGAUUUGUUACCCCCUCAACCUGAUUUCGCAAGAAGUAUAUCGCCUUCAGGUGAAUCAAUAUCUACUGUAACUCUGUCGCCAGCAUCGACACCUCGACCGUUCUCAUCUGACACUCAACCGAAACCGACAACCUUACCUCCUGAUUCUAGUACUGCUUUAACAACGGCGCUGGGAGAGAUAUCGACUUCGAUACCUAUGGGAGGUAGAAAACGUGAUUCAGCUCAAAGACGACUAUCUGCUUUGAGAGGUUUAGUAGCUAAUUUGGAUUUCAAUCAACCCUGGUCGUUCAGCGAGAACACCUUGGCAGAAGAGAAUCCUUUCUCUCCGGAACUUGACAGUCUUCCGGACAACGGUGACGGUGGGUAUUUCUGGGCUUUUGGCGGCGAACAACCUGAGUUAUCUGAAGUAGAAGUGGAAGGUGAAUCAUCAGACGAAUCAUUCGUCAUGACUUCUUCUUCCGGACAAGCUCUUGCCAGUCCUGUCACAUCAAUCUCACGCCCUUUACCAUACCUGGACAAAGCUAAACCCAAAUCUAUAAUUCAACAUGAAAUCGCCGAAUCUCACGGAUGGCCUGAACCCAAAUCAUCUAUUCAGGAAGUAUACUCUUCACCUAGUAUGAGCACAAUGAAUAAUAUCGUCUCCUCGGCGUCUCGAAUCGAUUUGACUCCUAUAAGGAGAAAUUCAGGUUCAAGAAAACAACCUAGCUCCACACCACCUCGUAGACCCAAACAAUUUGGAUCAUCCUCUGAACUUUUGUCUCGUACACCUGAACCACCUCGACCCGCUUCCCGAGCAAGAAGAGAAGUUUUUGAAGUAGCUUCAUCAGGUUAUUCAAAUUGUCUAGAACCUGCCUCACCUUUACUUCCCGCAACACCCACAUCCACUUGGAGGUCAUCACUUUCAAACGAUGAAAUAUAUACUCGGUUAUUACAGACUUGCGGUCCAAUGGAAGUCAAGCGACAAGAGGUGAUUUGGGAGAUGUGUGAAACAGAACAUGCGUUCAUCAACUCGAUGCGGACUGUAUUAAGACUUUUCGCCACUCCUUUGAAAACACCUCAAGGCAGAUGGAUCGACGGAAUCCCAGGUAGAAUAACAGAAUUAUUCGAUUCAUUGGAAUGUAUCACACAUGCUCAUGGAGUACUAUCAACUUGUGAAAGGGAUAUGAGAAGGAAAUCUGAUGUCUUAGAUGUCGAGUCAUUCGUAUCAACUUUCAAAUCAUGGGUACCAAGGUUAGAAGUACAUGAAUGGUAUUUGAUUAGAUUCGAAAGCGUGGUAGCUCUUGUCGAAGAAAAUGUCAGAGAUCCGGAUAGUGUUUUUGGUGAAUUCGUAAGAAUGCAAAUGAAAGAAGAAGUUUUGGGUUCAAUGAGUUUGGGUAGUAUGUUGUUGAAACCUGUGCAAAGAUUGACAAAAUACCCUUUGUUCUUGAAGCGACUACUCGACGUUACUCCCCAUCCUCAUCGCACUCAUCCUGAAAUAUUGUCAUUGCUCUCGGCAACAGAGUCGAUAAUUUUGAACCUGCAAGCCACCAAAGCGAGAGAAGAAGACUUUGAACAACUACAAUCGCUCGAAUCUCGACUUGUUGGAUUACCGGAAAGCUUUACACUCGCCAUAAGAGGGCGAAAGCUUCUUGGUCAAGCGCAAGUAGUUCGUGUACCACCUGCCAGAGAGCUUUCAUCAGCCAUCGCAGCAAGAGGUAGAUCAGGUUCGAUGCAUAGUUCCAGAGGAUCAAUCUCGUCUUCGGUUUCUUCUUCAGCGCCUUCAUCAAUAUCUCCAUGGGACUUUUCAGCUUCUUUGACACCAUCACGAACUUCCGCAUUCUCGGUUUCGUCUAAUGGAUCCUCAUUCUGUUCUGGGCCACCUUCAAGAUCCAACAGUAUAACUAAACCUUCACCUUCAUUCUCUUCUAUCACUUCACCAUCCAGACCGUCAGUCACCAGAUCACCCUCAUCCACUUCUUCUUUCAUCGAUAAUUCAAGGCCAAGUACACCCAGUUCGAUGAAAAAUAAGAAGAAAGAAGAUAUUUUGACAAUGUUGAUAUUUGAUGACUUGAUACUAUUGGGUAAUAACGUUCAUGAGAAAAGUGGAUUAUUCAGCGUUGGUUCAAACAAAAAGAAAACCAAUGGUUCAUUGAGGGUUUUAAGUGAAUUAGAAGGUGGUGUGGGUAAAGUUUCAGAAGUGAAAGACUGGAGUGGAUGGAAUGGUUAUUCAAACUUAUGUUCCAUCACUCUAACUCCAGUUUCACAUUCUUGUAGAUAUCCUUCAUCUCCGAUAACCAUUGCGUUCACCUUACCUUCAUCAUCUUCAUCGUCAUCAUUACAAGGAAGUCUUUCAACUUCGCCUUCUUUAAGAUCCCUCAAAUCAUCUUUAACUCAAUCAUCAGGAUGGAAUUUGACUUGUCCAACAUUGAACAACUUACCUUCCCUACUGGGUAUGUUGGGCCAAGUUAGUACGUCAGGUAUGACGAUUGUAAGGGGAAGUGAAUAUGUAGUGGAGGAGAAAGAGAUUUUAGAAGAUAGUAUGAGUCCGAGUAUGGGAAUGGGAAUGGUGAUGCAAAGAGGGAUCACAGAGGAAGUCGGGGAUGAAGGCGAAUGGUUAGGAUACGCAGCUUAG